AUGCAGCCUUACCCCUGCUCUUCUGACAGUCCCACAGGCCCCCCUAUGUCUGGGGGGCCAGCAGGUCCUGGGGGACUCAGCGGUGCCGUUGGGUUUGAUGGCGCUGGCGAUGAGGGCCUCAAUGACAACUGCGCUGACGCCGUGAUGUGCGCCGUGAGCGCCAAGAACGACAGUGUAGGCCACGGGCUGCGCCUUGGGCUGGCGGUGUUUGACCCUCGGCGGCCAUCGCUACGUGUGGCGGAGAUUGUCAGCGAUGAGCACUUGACGGCGCUGGAGGCGGUGCUCAUGCAAGUUGGCGCUAUGUCUGUAUUGGCUCCUGCGGGCGACGGCGCAGCCUGGCUGCGGCGACUGCCCUAUGUGGUGCAUGCAGUUGGGGCGGAACUGGUAGAGGCGAAGAGAAGUCUUUUUUCGACGGCAAAUCUGACACAAGACAUUUCGUACCUUUUGCCUGCUGCUGCCCUAAAGCCAGCAGCUGCCAAAGAGCUUCGCCUAGAGAUUGCCUGCUCUGCCUUAGCAGCACUUAUAUCUUACUGGAGCCUGGCGUCUGACGAGACUCUGUGCCACUCGUGCAUCCUGGAAACGUAUCCGAUCUCGUCCUUCCUGAACGUUGAUGCUGCUGCUGCUGUUGCGCUGCAUCUGCUGCCACAGCAGCCACAGCAGCAGCGGCUGCAGCCGCAAAUUCUUCCCUGCAGUACUAAAUACGGGGAGGCGCACGCAGCAGCAAAGGACAGAAUAAGCGCUGCUGCUGCAGCCGCAGCAGGUGGUUCAGCUGCCACCACAUCAGUGUUCAGCUUGUUCUCCCGCCGUUGUUGCUCGUCUUUGGGCGUCCGACGCCUCCACAUUUUUAUUUCCCAACCCCUUGUCGAUGCUGAAGAAAUAGUAAGGAGACAUGACCUGGUGGAAGCGUUCAUGCAGGAGGUCUUUCGACGGGAGGUAUUUCAACGCCACUUCAAGCACGUGUCAGACGUCGACAAACUCGCCACGAAGCUGCACAGAAUUCAUGCGGCAACGCAAGCAGCAAAAGAGACGGGAGGCAAACGGACGCCGCGGUUAGGCGUGGGUCUGGGGGAUCUCGUGAAGCUCUACGACUGCGUUGUGGAAUGCAACAGUUUGCUUGGCCCCCUAGGAGAGUACAGCGGGCCUUGCAGCUCCACAGUUCGUUCUUAUCUUUAUACAAAGCUUCAUUCCACAAUUUCGUCAUUUUCUUCAUUUAUCAAGCUGGUGGAACACUCUAUCGACCUUGAAGAGGCCAAGAGAGGCACAUAUAUAAUAGACAGUCGAUUUGACCCCCGCAUGGGCGAACUACUACAGCAGCGCAACUUGCUGCUGAUGCAGCUGCAGCAGGAAAGGCAGAGGGCUGAAGAAGUAUUGGAUAUCCCAAAGCGAAGAGAUGGAGAUGCAGUCAAACUCAUAGAAGACCCCACUCUAGGAUUUGCCCUAAGAGUGGUAAAGAGAGAUCAGCAAGCCGUUUUAAGCCGCAAGAAAGAAUUCCAGCAGAUUCGGUUGAACAAGAACGAGCUGCUCUUCUCUACCAAUCGGCUGCGGGCUCUAGCCUCAAGACACAAAGACACAUGCGACGAAUACCAGCAGCUGCAAUCAGCACUAGUUGACAAAGCAAUACAGGUCGCGUCUACUUACUGGCCAUUAGCAGAACAGCUGGCGGAUCUCUUAGGCACAAUUGAUGUAUUGGGCGCCUUUGCUGCGGUUGCUCUGACAGCGCCUAUUCCUUAUGUUAGGCCUCACAUAGAGCCUGAGGGCGGCGUCUUGAGGCUGGAAAGCUGCCGCCACGCCCUGCUAGAGGUGCAGGGCCUAGGGGGUUCCAUCAUCGCAAACGACUGCUUUAUGGAUUCGGAGUCUUCCCGUUUGCACUUGAUUACAGGACCCAACAUGGGAGGAAAGUCUACCUACAUAAGGCAGGUGGCGCUAUGCGUGUUGCUAGCGCAGAUCGGCAGCUUUGUGCCUUGCAAAAGCUGCACCAUGCCGGUUUUCAGACAAAUCAUGUGCAGAGUGGGAGCGUCAGACCUCCAGCUGCGGGGCGUCAGCACAUUUCUUGCAGAGAUGGUCGAGGCCACAGCCAUUCUCAAAAAUGCGGGGCCUCAAAGCCUCGUCAUUGUCGAUGAACUGGGAAGAGGGACGUCUACCUAUGAAGGUUUCGGACUUGCCUGGGCCGUAGCCAAGGAUUUGGCUGAGCGAGCUCGCAGCUUCACUUUAUUUGCGACUCAUUUUUUGGAGUUGGCAUCUUUGGAGGGUGAGGUGGCUGGGGUCCGCAAUUACCACGUGAAGGCAGCAGUUUGUAAGGAAAAGAAACAAAUAACAUUUUUGUAUGACGUCAACGAGGGCCACGCAGACCAGUCCUACGGUGUUCAAGUAGCGCAGUUCGCGGGGCUCCCAGAGGCGAUCACAACUAGGGCAGCAGCAAUGAGCCAGCACUUGGAAUGUGCGGAAAAGAGGGAGAAAAGAAGAAGCAAGGGAAUUUUAGAUGAGGCAGAUCGAGACAGAGAUGGGGCGCUGAAGAAACUCAGGGCCGUGGUCAAACACGCGUUUGCCGCUGAGACACCACAGCAGUUUUUGCAGAGAGUCAAAGACAGUGCAGACGAACUAAGGGAAGGACUUAAAGAAGUACAAAGACAAACGCAGCUGCAAGUUGCAGCUGCCUAG